AUGCCUCGAACAAGGCGGAGGGGACGAGCCGCAAAGGCUGCUCGUCGAGGUCGAGUUGGCGGUGCUCAAGCAGUUCCAAGGCGCCACAGGAGGAAGAGGAAAGAUGAAGAUGCCUUAGAUGUGCAAGAAAGAGCCAUCAAACAGAUUAGAACGGCUUGUGCUGCUAAAACGGCUGAAUAUGAGAAGGCUAGACAGCCACACUCGUUCGUUAUCCAUCGAGGUAGUGUAGGAAAGUAUGUGAAAUCGUUAAUUUUAAAGCGUAAUAAUAUCAAGGAUUUCGUUGUGCAUGGAGGUGUACUUGGCGUGACCAACAUGAUAGUGUUAACAGCUAGCGAAAUUUCGGUGCAGUUGCGAAUGAUGCGGUUCAACCAAGGACCCACGCUUACUUUCCGCGUGCACGAGUAUUCACUUGCGCGGCACGUAUUAUCAACUCAGAAACGACCGUCGGUACAUCAAAAGCUCUUCGAGAAGCCACCGCUUAUCAUUAUAAAUGGGUUUAAUCAACUCGAUCUCCGUUCUAUGAAACGGUGUUUAAUGGUGAACUACUGGGAAGAGGAUGACUCCAUUGAUAUUCGUCAUUAUGCCAUUCGUGUUGUCGCGUCAGGAAUAAAUAAGUCAGUACGAAAAUUGAUAAUGGCUGGGAAAUCUUCAAGUAAGGAGCUGCCCGAUCUUUCUAAGUACAAGGAUAUUUCGGACUAUUUAUUGAACCCUGGACAUCUCAGCGAUAGUGAGUAUGAAGGCGAAGAGCAAGAAGUUGUUCUACCACAAAGUCUGAGUACGAGAACUGGGACGGCAAAAGGAGAGAAGAGUCAUAUACGGUUGAUGGAAAUAGGACCGCGAUUAAAGCUUGAGCUACUGAAAGUUGAGGACGGCAUUGAUGAAGGAGAAGUGUUGUACAACAAGAAUGUUCAGAAAACCGGACCAGAACUGGUGGCACUUAAGAAGGAGGCUCCUAAGAAAAAAAAGUUAAAAAAGCGAAUGGUACAAGAAAAUGAGCGUCGGGUUAUUCGUCGUCUCGAAAAAGCAAAGGAAGCGAAGAAACUAGAGGAACAGGAGUUAAAAGCUUACAAGGAAAAAGCUGCUCGAAACCAGGCGGCUGCCAUUGGACAAGCAGAGGACAUUGAGAAUAGUAGGGAGAAGGACCGAGAAAUAGCGCUGCUUCGUGAGAAGUAUGUACAUUUAAUGUUGCGGUUAUGA